AUGCCUGCAGGAUCCCGAUGCUGCAAACUACACACUGUCGAUAAACGUCUGAUACCUGAAGCGUUCCAGUCUCUGGCACCACACAAGGUGCAAUAUCGACUUUUUUCUCGACAAGCGCUUAUAAAUCUCCUUAAAUCGUAUCGUACGCGACUCAACAAUAACAAACACCUUGAUUUUGACGAAUGCAUGUGCUUGACAGAUGCUGAUUACAUCAAACUGACUGGAUUUACUCGAGCUCAGCAUGCUCAUACCUUGUCACAUAUACCUCCAACAUCUUUGAAGAAUUCAGCGACAAGGUCAGCUCGAUCUGCUCUGGCGUAUGUUUUAAUGAAAUUGAAGCUGGGCUUGAGCGAUUCGGUUUUAACAUCUAUGGUCGGUGUAAACAGCAAACGCCAAAUGAGCCGUAUUAUAAAUGAGGCUCGAGUUGCGGUCACCAAGCACUUCGUACCUCGCUAUUUGGGUUUAGCUCACUUAACACGGCAGGAUGUUAUCAACAAGCAUACAUCAUCAAUCGCAAAUCGUUUAUUGACUGAGGGCUGA